GCAGGAAAUUCAUUCAAAAUACGAGACUCGGAGACCACGGAAGGUAUUUUUAAAGAUGUCUGACGCAGAGGUAGAAACCCCCGUUGAACAGCCGGAGGCUGCAGAGAAAGAUGAAAAGGCCACCAAACCCGCAAAAAGUCCCAAGAAGAAGGCUGCAAAGGCAAAGAACAAGACGCCAUUGAAUCACCCUCAUUAUCGAGACAUGAUCAAGGAUGCUCUGACCAAUUUAAAGGAGAGAGGAGGCAGUUCUCGACAGGCCAUUUUGAAGUAUAUUGUAAAGAAUUUCAAGGUGGAGGAUGAAAAAUCGGCCAAUAAUCAUCUGAAAAUGGCCUUGCGUGCCGGUGUUAAAAACGGAUCUCUCAAACAGUCUAAAGGCACGGGUGCGUCUGGAUCCUUCAGGUUAGGCGAGAGUAAACCUCCAAGUAAGCCGAAGGCAAAGAAAGAAAAGGCAGCGAAACCAAAAGCAGAGAAGAAAGCGAAAAAGAAGCCCAAAGUGAAGGCCAAGGCCGAGAAGAAACCGAAAGAAAAGGCCGAGAAGAAAGCCAAAUCACCGAAAAGGGCUGCUGCCAAGAAAGCCAGCAAGCCUAAGAAAAAGUCGCCCAAGAAGGCAGCUGCCAAAAAGUGAAUCUCGUGAACAUUGACGAAUUAAGAGACGCUCAUUUUAAGUGCUCGUUUAAUUAAACAGUGCAAUACAUAGAUCUGUCCCUUUCCAUGCUGUAGAACUCGGGAAAUCUGAUUGGAACUCGUGUUAUCAAUAUUACUUAUAUUUUCGUACCAGAAAGGUAUAAAAUUUUGUUUGUUUUCAUCACAAAAGUUAUAUAUAGAUCGUUUUUCAUGUCAUCAUUGAAUACGAAUCUGGACGAUGUCUACUAUACUACAGAUUUUCGCCAGAUUUAUAACGAACUUUUACAUUUUUUUUACUGUAAAACAGUAUUGUAGAACGAUCCUCUUGUUAUUUUUAAUAUUGUAUUACGUAUUUUCAUGUUAUUUUCAUGUUUAUUACAUGAAUUUCGUUUGAAUAAACGAAAACUAACUUAAA